GAAAAUGGGAGAGGUUUAUGCCAAGGGUGGGGCCUGGGAAAGAGGCGUGGGUCCUGAGCAAUGGGUGCGGGGGGCCUAGGUUGAAAAAUGGAAGGAACUUGUUAAGGUUAGUGGGAAAAAUGGGGUCCAGAAAGACAAGAGAGGCCCAGAGUAUGGUGUGCAGUUUGACUAAGGUGUGGCUUAGAGAAAAGGCCGCCACGGCAAGGGCACCCCAUCUCCCCCCAUGUAGGUAUGCAAUUUUGGGGGAGGUUUUAGUGGAACUAUCAGGUCUUUAACAUGAAGGUGAACACAGGCUAAGGAAAGGCUGAGAAAAUGAUAGGGGAAGGAGAUGAUAGAAAAAAAAAUGGGACUUAUUUGGAGGAAAAGUUGGGUGGGAUUUUGGAGGCAGGUCUCAGCGAAGAUCUGACUUAGAAAAGUCAAAUUAACUUGGAAGUGCAUGGGAAUAAAGGAACUAAGAGGAACUUACAUAUCCAAACUGCUCGGUUAGUUCUUUGCUGUGCCUCGGCCCUCCCUAAGUACGUUGACCGUGUUGCCCCAAUUUUACUUAACUCCAACCAAUCGCUGUGUGAGGUAGGACUAGUGUACCCAUUUCAUAGGUGAAGAGUUUCGGUUGGUUGGUUUCAUCUGAAGCUGCAGAACCAGUGUGAGCUCCCUACAAGUAUGAGACGAAUGUGCACAGCCCCAAAUCCUUGUGUCACCGUUUCAAUAACUUGUCUUUGAAGAAGAGAUGUCUGUCGAGGAAUACUGAAUGCUUAGGGAGCAGAGGGAGCGGCUCGGGAAGAGGCAGCCCAGACCUGAGCAAGAGUAGGAGGGCCUUAAUUUGUAGUGGGCAGGGCUUGGAGAGGACUGAGAAAGAGCCUUCAAAAAACUUUGGGAGGAAGAAACGAACGGAAGUGGCCGGGAAGAUCGGGAAGGAGGAGAGCUUGUAGAGAGCGGGAGGAAUGUAAAGGGCAGUGCUUGUGGCUUGGUGCUUAGGUGUGCCUUAGCAUCGGGAGGGUCUCCGGAGGACAAGUGUGUUUCUGAGCCCAGAGAGCUAAGGGAAAGAAUGGCCAGUGGGGAGGUGACUCUUACCUGCUUCUGUGCCUCCUCUAUACUCCAGAGAAAGCCCCCAGCCACCCCUGGACCCGCCACCAUGGACGAGUCCUCGCUGCCUGGGGUUCCUGCCCCUCUUGCUGCCCCAGGGCCAGCACCGUCGGCCACUGCUCCCCGGGUGCCCUUUCACUGCAGCGAAUGUGGCAAGAGCUUCCGGUACCGAUCCGACCUGAGGCGCCACUUCGCUCGGCAUACAGCGCUCAAGCCCCACGCGUGUCCUCGCUGUGGCAAGGGCUUCAAGCACAGCUUCAACCUGGCUAACCACCUGCGCUCACACACCGGCGAGCGGCCCUACCGAUGCUCCGCCUGCCCCAAGGGAUUCCGAGACUCCACCGGCCUGCUGCACCACCAGGUCGUCCACACUGGUGAGAAGCCCUACUGCUGUUUGGUCUGCGAACUCCGCUUCUCCUCCCGCUCCAGCCUGGGCCGCCACCUCAAGCGGCAGCACCGGGGCGUGCUUCCCUCCCCGCUGCAGCCGAGCCCCGGCCUGCCUCCCCUGAACUCCCCCUGCUCAGUGUGUUGCAACGUGGGUCCCUGUUCGGUUUGUGGAGGCGGAGGGGCCGGCGGAGGAGAGGGCCUGGAGGGAGCAGGAGCGACCAGCUGGGGACUGGCCGAGGCGGCAGCCGCCGCGGCGGCCUCGCUGCCCCCGUUUGCAUGUGGCGCCUGUGCCCGGCGCUUUGACCACGGCCGGGAGCUGGCUGCCCACUGGGCCGCGCACACCGACGUGAAGCCAUUCAAGUGCCCACGCUGCGAGCGCGACUUCAACGCGCCGGCGCUGCUGGAACGCCACAAGCUUACGCACGACCUGCAGGGGAGCAGUGCACCCCCAACGCAGGUCUGGGCCUCGGGUGGGGGUCCGGAGGAGGUGGCAGGAGAUGUCGAGGCAGUGGAGGUGGGGGAUGCUCCGCCGACCUGGGACGCCGGGCUGCUCCUGAGCCCCACUGGGGCAAGCAUGCCUAAGCUGGAGGCACUGCUCCCCGAGGGCGAGGGUGCGGAGAAUGCCCGGGCUCCGGCCGCAGCAGCCGAGGCGUCCUCGGAAGACACACUGUACCAGUGCGACUGCGGGACCUUCUUCGCGUCUGCCCCGGCCUUGGCCAGCCACCUAGAAGCGCACUCGGGCCCAGCCACCUAUGGCUGCGGCCACUGCGGGGCCUUGUACGCAGCGCUGGCCGCCCUGGAGGAGCAUCGGCGUGCCAGCCACGGUGAGGGCAGCGGGGAGGCGGCCCCUGAUGGCGAGGGCGAGCAGGCGGCUGGAGGGCCGGGGCCCGGCUCCUCCAGCCGUGGCAAGAAAAUCUUUGGCUGUUCCGAGUGCGAGAAGCUGUUUCGUUCGCCUCGCGACCUGGAACGGCAUGUGCUGGUGCACACAGGGGAGAAGCCCUUCCCGUGCCUGGAGUGUGGCAAGUUCUUCCGCCACGAGUGCUACCUCAAGCGCCACCGGCUGCUGCAUGGCACAGAGCGGCCCUUCCCCUGCCACAUCUGUGGCAAGGGCUUCAUCACGCUCAGCAAUCUCUCUAGGCACCUGAAGCUGCACAGGGGCAUGGACUGAAUAGCCAGGCCACUCCGGCCCUCCAAGUCCAGAGCUAGACCAUGAGAUGAGGCCCUUGCCUGGAAAAAUGGUGCCACCCACAACCCACACAGGACCACAGUGAAGCAUCCUUCGGCAAAGGGGUCCAAGGACAUAAUUGUUGGGGACUGAAAUCUACAGAGAGACUCUCGACUUUGAGACCCCUGGAAUGGGGGCAUGCUCAAAUCAACUGGCCUCCGAGACCGGGAACCUAGGAAUAAAAAACGGGUCUCUACUAACACCUCCCAGCAGAUAAUAUGUGGGCACCCCCACGGUCCUACCACCCACUCCCUGAGAGCCAUCAUUCCCAACGACGAUGUUCAUCUGGGGGAUGUCGGGGCCAAUACCUUGGAAUCCUCAGGAUCCCCUCCAGAUGACACCCGUCAGCCACUGGUGGCCCCAGAAAAUGAGUAUAGCCAGAAUCUGCCUUUCCCCCAUUUUACUUCCUAUGCUGAAAGAGGACCAGGGUAGAUGCCCCCACCUUUCAUUAACCUACUCUCAAGAUUAGGUCUCCCUUACUGCAGAAUGGUCUGACCCUACUGAUCUCCCCUCAUCUUGAACACUAGUUUAGACUGGCCCAAAGUCCCUGCCCUGUAGGUUGGAUUGACCCAGAUACACAUAUUCCUGUGCACUUGGAAUGGGCUGGUGCAGGUCGUGGCCUGGCUCCACUCUCCUUAGAGUAAUAGGGCAGACAUUCCCUUAAGCUGUAGAGCGCAGUCCUCUGUCCACGGUUGUCCCAAUCCUGUGACCUGGUGGAGGUGGUAGACAUUGGGGUCUCCCUCGCCUCAACUGUAGUACCUGUUGGUCUUUCCAUCACUACCAACUGUCUCUGUGUUCCAACCCCAAGAGGAAAGGGGGACUUGGCUAGGGUUUCUCUCCCGUGAGCCUCGACCUCACCCCCUGGUCUCUCCAAUGUCUCUGGGACUCCAAUAAACCUCAUUCUGUCAGUCA